CAUAGCCGUGGCGAACUUCUCCCAGAGGCCAUCCAAGUUGUCUUCUAAGUUCUCCAUUCUGAUACUGCGUCUGGGAUGCCAAGUUGAGUUCCGACCCAUUUAAAUAGGUGAUAAGCCAAAGGUAUCAAAGAUUUGGGAGCCAUCAAUUUCAGCAUCAUCCGCAUAAGGACAGAACAAGGACAGAAAAGAAAAGAAACAAUGCGGGUACACAACCCUGUGGGAGAUGCAGCUGGCUUGUCGGGCGUUCCAAAUCUCCCUCAUUUGCUGACGGUGUACAAUGUCAGGAAGACUCUUGUGGAUACUAAGUGCCGGAGAUACGUCAGUGAGAUACUCUCCAGUAUACCAGACUCAUCCUCUGUAGACAUAGAUUACUUGAACGCUAAGAGCAUCGCAGAUCCCCAGUCGGUCUGUGACAUUCUUUUUCACACUGAGUCGGCCCUCCAUAUACGUUAUGACCUGAUAAUCGUCCAUUACAAGAGUGUGCAUCGCUUCGUCCCAAUACUCUACCGGGGGGUGUUCCUGUUUGUCGUAGCUGGCGAGGCCCGGGAGGCGAUUGACCUAUUGCCAUACGUCAAAAUGAACGAGGCUGUGACAGGGACCUUCUAUCUGAACGAUAUGCAUUCUUUAUGUCUUGCCCCGACAGUGGAUAAGAUAGGUGUCUACGAGAAAAGCUUCGUUAGGUACCUUCCUCACAGGUUCAUGAGAAACGCAGUAUGCCUAGCUCGGCGUUUGUUACCAGACCUCGCCACAGUUGUGGAGCCUCUGGGCGUGCCCGUCCGCGCCGUGCUUGAUCAGACAUUCGACCACCGAUAGGUGAUCUUUAAACGAAGCCUGUCGCAGCGUGCACGUCCGCGCCGUGCUUGAUCAGAUAUUCGACAACCGAGACGUGGCCAUACGCCGAAGCCCGUCGCAGCGCGUCGUCGUCCUGGGCGUGCACGUCUGCGCCGUGCUUUAUCAGACAUUCGACCACCGAUAAGUGAUCGUACGCCGAAGCACUUCGCAGCGGUCCAUCGUCCCCGGUGUGCACGUUCGCACCAUUGUUCAGCAGAUAUUCGACAACCAAGACGUGGCCGUACGACGAAGCCCCUUGCAGCGCGAAGUCGUCCUGGGCGUGCACGUCCGCG